CCGUAUUCUCGGCUAGCAGCUCACACAACGAUCGACCGACGUUAGCCACUGGCAACGAUGACAACGACCACAUCACCUAGAGAAACCACACAGACCACCUUUACGGUUCGCAAGAUGACGGGCCGGCGAAUGUCUAAGCUAUCCACAGUCCUGCUGUUCUGCGCCGCCUUGCUGCUGACCAAGUCCUGCGGCAUCCUGGCGUUUAGCGGCGACGGCUUGCCCCAAUCCCAGGAUGUGGGCCAGGCGGAGCUCUGGAGCGAUGCCACCACCACCAUCAUUUCGCCCAGCGAGGAGAGCAGCGGAUCCGGUGGCUGGGAACUGACCACGGAGGCGGACACCACCAUACCGAGUGAGGAAACUACUGCUGGCAAUGAGGAAACCACCGUUUCCGAAGAGGAGACCUCCACGGACGCCUCUGGAGAUGUAGAGACCACCACUGCUGCGCCGGAAACUUCACCAGCUGACCAGGAGAGCUCUUCCGCUCCCGAGGAGACCACUGCCGCUCCCGAAGAGACCACAUCCGCUCCCGAGGAGAGCUCUUCCGCUCCCGAGGAGAGCUCUUCCGCUCCCGAAGAGACCACUUCCGCUCCCGAGGAGAGCUCUUCCGCUCCCGAAGAGACCACUUCCGCUCCCGAGGAGAGCUCUUCCGCUCCCGAGGCCAGCUCUUCUGCACCCGAGACCACUGCCGCUCCUGAAGAGACCUCCUCCGCUCCUGACCAGACAUCAUCUGCUCCCGAGGAAAGCUCUGCUGCUCCCGAGGAAACCUCAUCCGCACCCGAGCAGACAUCUUCCGCUCCCGAAGAAACAUCUUCCGCUCCUGCAGAGCCAGAGAGUUCUAGCUCUUCCUCUUCCACGCCGGCAGGUACCACCAUUGCACCGACCCCGCCCACUUUCAAAUGCCAGACGGCAGGACUGUUUCCGCACAUCAGUGGCGAUUGCAGCCGUUACCACAACUGCCUGUUGAAUCCUGUGCUGCGACAGCUGCAGGACAUUGAGCUCACGUGCCCGGAACUGACCGUCUUCUCGCCGAGCCUGGGCAGAUGCGUGAGGGACUUGGCCGAGUGCCAGGCGGAGAGCUUCCCGUGCCUGUCCGUGGGCAGAUUUGCCGGACUCGAUGAGACCUACUACUACAGCUGCGUGGCCAGUUUGCAGGGCGGCUUCCACAAGUUCAUUGUGCGCUGCUCCAGUGGCCAGAGGUUCGAGCCCCUGAUCGGAGGUUGCUGGCGCUACGACUGGACGCAGAUCGUGCCCGGACAGGAGGCGACCGAGAUCAGCGACCUGGCUGCCAUCAAGCGGGAGCUGAAGCUGUACAAGGCCGAGGCCAAGCUGCGCCUCAAGGCCCAGAAGGAGCAGGAGAAGCUGGCCAAGAAGCAGCAGAAGUUGGAGGAGAAGGCCGCCAAGAAGGCCGCCAAGGAGCAGGCCAAGCAGCAGGCGAAGGCCGAGAAGGACAAGGCCAAGGCCGAGGCCAAGGGCGAGUCCAUCGAGAGCGCUGAGUCCGCGGAGUAACUGCCUCCAAAUUGCGAGCUCCGAGCUCCACGCUCCUUUUCUUCAGAUAAGCCCUUCCAUCUAUGUUGGUCCCUUGCUCUAGUCUAGCGAAAUUAUCUUUCCUUAUUUUUUUUGCUUUGUGGCGUAAAUAAAUAUUUAAAAAUA